CGGGAAGCCGGUGCUGUAUCGGAGCUGCGGCGGCGAGGAGCCCGGGCGGGACAGGCAAGGAGGAGGAAAGCGGAGCGGCGGGCUCUGCUAUUGUUCGGCACCUGCUGAGCCACGUGGCGUCGUUGAGCGCCGCUCCUCGCUGCCAGCCGCGUGUUCCGCACGCCCGGCGACAUGGGCAAGGGGGCUGGAAGAGACAAGUAUGAGCCUACUGCUACAUCAGAACAUGGCACAAAGAAGAAAAAGGCGAAGGAGAGGGACAUGGAUGAGCUUAAAAAGGAAGUCUCAAUGGAUGAUCACAAACUCAGCCUUGAUGAACUUCAUCGUAAAUAUGGAACAGACUUGAGUCGGGGUUUGACUCCUGCACGUGCAGCUGAGAUUUUGGCUCGUGAUGGCCCAAAUACCCUUACACCUCCACCCACCACUCCUGAAUGGGUCAAGUUCUGUCGGCAGCUCUUUGGAGGAUUCUCACUCCUGUUGUGGAUUGGUUCCCUUCUGUGUUUUCUGGCUUAUGGCAUUACAAGUGUGAUGGAGGGAGAGCAAAAUGCUGAUAACCUGUACCUAGGUGUUGUGUUGGCAGCUGUGGUUAUCAUUACUGGCUGUUUCUCAUAUUACCAAGAAGCGAAGAGUUCCAAGAUCAUGGAGUCCUUCAAGAACAUGGUGCCUCAGCAAGCUCUUGUAGUCAGAAAUGGUGAGAAGAUGAGCAUAAAUGCUGAAGGUGUUGUAGUUGGAGAUCUGGUAGAGGUGAAAGGAGGAGACAGAAUUCCAGCUGACCUUCGGAUCAUAUCUGCACAUGGUUGCAAGGUGGAUAACUCCUCACUUACUGGUGAGUCAGAGCCUCAGACCAGGUCUCCAGACUUCUCCAAUGAGAACCCGCUGGAAACUAGGAACAUUGCCUUCUUUUCCACCAACUGUGUGGAAGGCACUGCCCGUGGCAUUGUUAUUAGCACUGGGGACCGCACUGUGAUGGGCCGUAUUGCCAGUCUGGCAUCUGGACUGGAAGGGGGUAAGACUCCCAUUGCCAUGGAGAUUGAGCACUUUAUCCACCUCAUCACUGGAGUAGCUGUGUUCCUUGGUGUCAGCUUCUUCAUCCUCUCACUUAUCCUUGAGUACACUUGGCUGGAGGCUGUGAUCUUCCUCAUUGGGAUCAUUGUUGCAAAUGUACCUGAGGGAUUGCUCGCAACAGUAACGGUGUGUCUGACACUAACAGCCAAGCGUAUGGCUCGUAAGAACUGUUUGGUGAAGAACCUGGAGGCUGUGGAAACUCUAGGCUCCACAUCCACCAUCUGUUCUGACAAAACAGGCACCCUGACACAGAAUCGCAUGACAGUUGCACACAUGUGGUUUGACAAUCAGAUUCAUGAGGCUGACACUACAGAGAACCAGAGUGGUGCUUCCUUCGACAAGAGUUCAGCUACUUGGACUGCUUUGUCUAGAGUUGCAGGUCUCUGCAACCGUGCUGUAUUUCAGGCCAACCAGGAAAAUGUACCAAUUCUUAAGAGAGCAGUAGCAGGAGAUGCCUCUGAAUCUGCACUUCUGAAAUGCAUUGAAUUGUGCUGUGGUUCUGUCAAAGAAAUGAGAGAAAGAUAUCCCAAAGUGGUGGAAAUACCGUUUAACUCUACCAAUAAGUACCAGCUGUCUAUCCAUAAGAAUGCAAAUCCAUCAGAAUCUCGUUACUUGCUGGUGAUGAAGGGAGCUCCAGAGAGGAUCUUGGAUCGCUGCGACAGCAUUCUUAUUCAUGGGAAAGUGCAACCCUUGGAUGAGGAAAUGAAAGAUUCUUUUCAGAAUGCCUACCUUGAGCUGGGGGGUCUUGGGGAGAGAGUACUGGGAUUCUGUCACUUGGCUCUGCCUGAUGACCAGUUCCCUGAAGGCUUCCAGUUUGACACAGAUGAAGUAAACUUUCCUGUAGAAAAACUCUGCUUUGUAGGAUUGAUGUCUAUGAUUGAUCCUCCUCGCGCUGCUGUGCCAGAUGCUGUUGGCAAAUGCAGGAGUGCUGGGAUUAAGGUUAUCAUGGUUACUGGAGACCAUCCGAUCACAGCCAAAGCCAUUGCCAAGGGUGUUGGUAUCAUCUCUGAAGGCAAUGAAACGGUGGAAGAUAUUGCUGCUCGACUCAACAUUCCUGUCAGCCAGGUCAACCCGAGGGAUGCUAAGGCAUGUGUUGUUCAUGGCUCUGAUUUAAAAGACAUGACUAGUGAGCAACUGGAUGAUAUCCUGCUUCACCAUACAGAAAUUGUCUUUGCCAGGACAUCUCCUCAGCAGAAGCUUAUAAUUGUGGAAGGCUGUCAGCGCCAGGGUGCCAUUGUAGCAGUCACAGGUGAUGGUGUGAAUGAUUCCCCAGCCUUGAAGAAAGCAGACAUUGGUGUUGCUAUGGGUAUUGCUGGCUCAGAUGUCUCCAAGCAGGCAGCUGACAUGAUUCUGUUGGAUGAUAACUUUGCCUCUAUUGUCACUGGGGUUGAAGAAGGGCGCCUGAUCUUUGAUAAUCUGAAGAAGUCCAUUGCUUACACCUUGACCAGUAACAUUCCUGAAAUCACACCUUUCCUGAUCUUCAUCAUUGCAAACAUACCUCUCCCACUGGGAACAGUCACCAUCCUCUGCAUUGACUUGGGCACUGACAUGGUCCCUGCUAUCUCCUUGGCGUAUGAGCAAGCAGAGAGUGACAUCAUGAAGAGGCAGCCGAGAAAUCCCAAAACAGACAAGCUGGUGAAUGAAAGGCUGAUCAGCAUGGCCUAUGGGCAAAUUGGUAUGAUCCAGGCCCUUGGAGGUUUCUUCACCUAUUUUGUAAUUAUGGCAGAGAACGGGUUCUGGCCUUCUGGGCUAGUAGGGAUUAGACUUCAGUGGGAUGACCGAUGGAUUAAUGAUGUUGAAGACAGCUACGGACAGCAAUGGACCUUUGAACAGAGGAAAAUUGUGGAAUUCACUUGCCAUACAGCCUUCUUUGUCAGCAUUGUGGUUGUGCAGUGGGCAGACUUGAUUAUUUGUAAGACCCGAAGGAACUCUGUUUUCCAGCAGGGAAUGAAGAACAAGAUCCUAAUAUUUGGUCUCUUUGAGGAGACUGCUCUAGCUGCUUUUCUGUCCUACUGCCCUGGGAUGGAUGUUGCUUUAAGGAUGUACCCUCUCAAGCCAACCUGGUGGUUCUGUGCCUUCCCGUACUCCCUCCUCAUAUUCCUCUAUGAUGAAAUCAGAAAGCUCAUUAUCAGACGCAACCCUGGUGGUUGGGUGGAAAGAGAGACCUACUACUAAAAAGCGCCUGUAGAGCAUUCCACGCACAGCCCACACCACCUCUCCAUCUCCUCUGUGUGUGUGAGUGUGUGUGAGUGUAUGUGUGUACUUCAUCUUUGCAAGUGCAGAAUUGGACCUGAAACUGAAGGAAGCAUGAAGAAACAUGGACUGGAGGAGAAAGCAAGGGGGAGGAACAGGGUGGGGGGGAAGUGUCAGACCAUCAGUCCAUGGAGGUUAGAGAUUGAGUAGGCUCAUCUGCCUUUGCUUUUGUAAAAGGAAACAGAAGAUUUUAUAUAUGGAUUUUUACGAAUAAAUAUGGAUUAUAAGAGGAUGCCCCCAUAUUGUUGUAGGCAGACGUUUUUCCUCAAGGCAUAAACUGGCUCAGGGGUGUGGUGCUAACUCUAUGUGCUUUUAGCCUUGGCUUCCCAUUUUUAUAGCUGGAGACAGCAUGUGAAGCUUCCAUGCUGUAGCUCACUGCCUAACAGGACAAACUCUUGCAACCAGUUGCAUGCCAGUACCUUAAGCACAGGAAUGUUCCUGGUCUCUGUAACUGUGUAUCUUGGCUGUUUUCUGGAAGGAACUUCUGCCUUCUAUCUCUAGCAUCAAAUGCAAAAUGCUGGAGGCUAAGUAUCUGCUCUGGCUAAGUAUCUGCUUGUUGGGUUUAGAAUGGGGCAUGUUGCAUGCACUUGCUGGUCUGAGCAUGUACCAGCAUGCUGCUUGCCCUACUGCUACAGGCUUUGUGUCUCAGUGGAGACUCCAGCUUCAUGCCCUACCUAUCUUGCAGAGCUUUCUAUUUCCCUCUCUUGUGUCUGUUCUGUUCUCAGAGCUGUCUAGUCCUAGCUCUCAGUGUUUCUUCCUCUGAGUAGACUGAGAAUGUGGAAGAAGUCAUACUCUCAAUAUUUCAAUAUUUCGCAAAAUUGCGAGACUCAUCAUGAUGGUUUGAGUAAAGCACUACUGUUAUAAGACACUUCUUGUCUGAGAUUUGAGCUAGAGUGGGUUGUGCUAUUCCACUCUGCAUUUCCAGCUAUUUGCCAUAUAUUUUGAUAUAAGUGUUAAUGCUUGUAUGGUUUGCUGCUGAGAGCUCAGUGGGAGGUGUGACCUUUUGCACAGGGACGGUCAGCAUCUCGAGGUCUUCAUAUUACUUCUGUCAUUGUGCUUAAGCCAUGUGAAGGUUCUUCUGGCUCUCAAUCAUGUUCCUGAACUGCUGGUUCUGUUGGGUAUGCAUCUGCCUCUGCAAAGAUUUGCAGUAAACCACAGCACUGAAAGGAUCUGUGGUUAAAACUCAUAUGUUAUCAUUAUCUUUCCUGGCUUUUUUCUUGUUUUAAAGCUCCAUCACUUAUCUCCUGUAUACUGUAGACUUGCAAGCAGCUCUGAGAGUACAAAAGGAAGUUAGGGAGGUAGAAAGUAAGAAGCUGAAAGUUUAACAGUGUAAUUUGUCUUAGAUUAUCUAAAGUGGAACUCUUACUUGAAGAUUAUGUACGGGGGGAAAAAUGUCCUCAAUCUGUCUGAGUCUACCCAUGCCAACAGUGCCAACAAUUGUGGCCGAGGUGAUGCUAACUGGGAGAUGAGCUGUACUAAAGGGAGGAAGGAAGAAGGGGGAUCUCUUGCUGGCUCUGCUGAUGAUGGAGUAAUGAGGCAGAAAUGACACUUGCUCCAUCCACAUGUUACACCUGCUUGAACUUUUUGGUUAGUCCCCGAGACUUCCUCCGAGUCCUAUUUCAAAGAAAUUGCAAAAUGUGCCUUGUUAUCUGAUGCUGUCAAAAAUAAAGAAGGAACCUGUUCUUCCUUC